ACAAUACUGCAUGACAGUAAAUCUUCUAUUUUUUGGUUUGAAUAAAAAUUCAUUACGUGAAUUAAAAAUCAAAAUGGAAUUCAUUUGUAAAGCCUGAAAACAUAACUAAUGAACAGAGGAAAUGUUAGUUUAGUGCCAGGAAUGCCUGCAUUGUUUAUUCUGGACCCUAUUUUGAAAUUGGAAUAAUUUGAACUUUGCACUAAAUUGGCCAAAUUACCAGUUUCCAUUCACUUUAUUUUGUAGUUGAAACAGUUGAGUUGGCAAUUUCUUGUGCUCAGUCGAUAGAAUAGAAGUAAUACUAGUAAAAUAGCUAAGAAUUUGGUUGACUGGAAUAAGGUAAUUGGCCUAAAAUGGGAGUCAAAGUCGGCAAAAUCACCAAUGCAUAAGUAUCGCCGACACAUCAAAAUUCGCAAGAGCGUAAUUUCGUCAAUUUUCCAUCAAAUUUCGUACUUUUUGUUUUAUUACCUUCAGAAAAAGAUUCUCUACCACUUCAUAAGAAAAAAUAAAAUUAUUUUUUGAAAAUUCUUGGACACUGGUGUGCACUUGGAAAUUUGGCCUCUGGACCCUGAAAGGAUUAAUAUCUGUACUGCUUUCUAAUGUAGCAGAAAAGCAAAUAUUAAAUUCAUUAUAUUUAUUUUUGUAUGUGAUGCACUCUAAAAUAUUUUCAUUUAUUUUUAGGUGUAAUGAAGCCCAGUUACUUUGGGUUAUUAUUGUGCUUGGAGUGCUCUGUACAAUAUUCAUGUUUUCAACAGCUCUUCUUCUUGUGAAACUGUUUUACCAAAGGAAGCCAAGUAUUCAUAAACAAGUGCCUGCACAUACUCCUCGAAAAGUGAAACGAUUUGGCCCCAAGAAGCAGUAUGGCUCUGGAAACAAGUCAUCACCUUGUUCAGAGUUGUCCAGUAAUGAUGGAGUGAGCAUUAAUAUUGAAGACUGCUGUCAGAUGACUAUGUGUGAAACUUUGAGCCUUGGUAAUUCACGUUAAUGUUUGGACGCUUCCCAGUACAAUUUAGAGACAGAGAGGUAAUGAUGCAUGCAUACAUACAUAUAUAAAUAUACAGGCAUACCUUGUUAGUUCCAAGAUUGCAGAACAUUUAGGAAGCAGGUUAAAUGGAGUUUCAAGACUCAAAGGUGAGGAAAAACAGUUUCAGGAAGAAAAAUAUUUAAUUCUUAAUUUGCAUACAAAUACAGCACACUUAUCUAAUAGAUAACCAUAUAUUUAACAAUCACUGUGUGUGUGUGUGUGUGUGUGUGUGUGUGUGUGUGUGUGUGUGUGUGUGUGUGUGUGUGUGUGUGUGUGUGUGUGUGUGUGUGUGUGUGUGUAGGAGAGAGAGAUUGAAAGUGUGAGGGCGAAAGUGUGAGGGUGAAAGUAAGUGUGAGGGCGAAAGUGUGAGGGGUGAAAGAGCGAGAGAGAGUGAGUGAGAGAGUGAGCGAGAGAGUGAGCGAGAGAUCGAGCGAGAGUGAGCGAGAGAGUGAGUGAGCGAGAGAGGGAGAGAGAGUGAGCAAGAGAGAGAGAGAGAGAAAGAGAGCACAAACAA